UCUCUCUCUCUCUUCAAGGCAGAAAAAUUUAUUAGUUUGAUGCAGAUGAGCAGAUAUAGAAUGAGCAACAUGUUUUAAGAACAAUUUGAAUAAAUUUCUUAUUUGGUGUGACAAUGGCAAUGCAGCGUUAUUUGGCAGCGGCUUCACCACCAUCUCCAAGUUCUGGUCAUUCUCAUCGAACUCAUAUAUUGGGAGGCUUUGUUGUUGGCAUUUUGACAGUCUUGGUGGUUGCUUUGUUAUUUUACUUGAUCAAGACGAAGCUCUUACCAGCUCUCAGGCACAGGCAAUUACCACAGAAGCUUGGGCAGAAAGGAAAUUUGAAAGAAGAGAAAAUAUUGCUCAGGCGGUUCCAAUCAGAGGAACUGGUGAAGGCCACCAAGAACUUCAGCAAAGAUUGCUUGUUGGGUUGUGGUGCUUUUGGAAGUGUCUACCAGGGGACUUUUGACGAUCUGCAGACACUAGCCAUUAAGCGAACCCACGCUGAUUCGUUUCAGAGUGCAGAAGAAUUCAGAAAUGAAGUGAGGCUACUUUCUAAGGUCAAGCACAGAAACCUUGUAGGUUUGGUUGGAUUUUGUGAAGAACCAUCUGGAGCAGGAGGAGGAAAAGUUUUGAUCUAUGAAUAUGUACCAAAUGGUUCUCUACUUGAUUACUUUAUGGGAAGAAAAUGGAGGAGCUUAACUUGGAGGCAAAGAGUGAAGAUAGCCAUUGGAGCAGCAAAAGGCAUUGCUCAUUUGCAUGAAGGGGUCAGCCCAAGCAUAAUCCACCGUGACAUAAAGCCGAGUAACAUCUUGAUAGGAGAUGGAUUUGAAGCCAAGGUUUCAGAUUUUGGACUGGUGAGAUCAGGGCCUACUGGGGAUCAAUCACAUGUCAGUAGCCAAAUCAAAGGAACUCCAGGAUACCUUGACCCUGCAUAUUGUUCAAGUUUCCAUCUAACCCCAUUCAGUGAUGUCUAUAGCUUUGGUGUCAUACUUCUGCAACUUGUUUCUUCCCGGCCUGCAGUCGAUCUAACGGGACAUCGCCCUAAUCAACAUAUCAUUGACUGGGCAAGGCCUAGCAUAGAGCGAGGUCGUGUUGAGGAGAUUUUAGAUGCUAAUCUUUUAACAGAGCCAUGCAACACAGAGAUGAUGCUAAAGAUGGGACAACUUGGCCUAAGAUGUGUUGUAAAAGUACCCAAAAACCGUCCUACAAUGUCCGAAGUGUGUCAAGAACUUGAAGAGGCCCUCUACAAUGCAGACAACUUAUUCAUCAACAAACAGCCUUCAAGGGAGUCUCGAAGAUCAACUGGCUCUCGUCGACCAACAGAGCCAGGGCAUAAAAGAUCGAUCGACUACGAUCAGUCUCAAAACUCCGUGAGCAUAGAUGGCAUUGGAUUUCAGAGGUUUCAUGUGGACAUAGACAGCCUCUCCUUUCAGAACACAAGCUUAAGGUGUUUGGAGUUGGACAAUAGUAGUAUCAGUAUCGACAUUGAAAAUUUGGAAGACAUACAUGAGGAAUCUAGUAGAGAAAAAGAAUUAAAUAUGUAACAGAUGUAAGUUGAUGCCCGUGUUUUUCUUUCCUUUGUGUGCGCCUGUGUGUGUGUGAGAGAGAGAAAAGUUCCAGUGUAACUGUGCUUCUGAUUUGUGGGUAUACUUUGAAUUUACUGAAUUGUGAUAUUAUCUCAAUUCCUUUAAAGUUCCAUUGUUUCUGUGCAGA